GUGGUUAAGAGACAAAAGGCAAAGGAAAGUGGCAUAGUAGCUAGUUGGAAGCAAACAAAGAGGUUGAAGCCCACAGCUUUGGAGUUUCCUCGCAGGCUGAAAUAGUAGUUCCGUUCAGACUUCAGACACAUCUUUUCACUUCUUCUGUCCUUCCACUGUUUCCCACUUCCAACUCGAUGCUUAAAUAAGUCCAAUUCUUAAAUUUAAUGUUGGCGCCUGAUUUGAAAACUCUCCCUCCCUUUCCAUAAUUAUCUUUGUACGUGUCGCUUGUGUGUGUGUGUUCAACAGUAUAUAAUCUAGAUUCAAGACAGACACAACCCGAUAACUAAACUAGGGUUCACAUUUUGUUUUGCCGAAAUCUUUUUCACCAUCAUUGUGAUUGUUGAAACUCAUAUUGUUUUUUCUACUCGUAAAAACAACUAUUUGAUUCUCUAUAUUCCAUGGCGCGCGGAAGGAAGAAGCGGCAAAAGAACACAGCUAUUAUUCCUGUGGAUGCAAACCCCACUCAGCAAAUAACCCAAUCCUUGGAUAUUGAUGCUGAGUGUGAGAGUGAGACCAAAAGGAUGAAAUUUGCUGAGAACAACGGUGGUGGGGCAGGGGGUUCUUCUUCUGUUGUGAAAAAGAAGCGUGGCAGAAAAAGUAAAAAGGAGAAGGAAAACAUGGAAAAGAUGUUAGAGAGCAAUUUCUUGGAGAAGAGAGAUGCUCAAAAUGACAACCAUGGUGAAAAUGCUGAAGUGGGAGGUUCUUCUUCUGUUUCAGAAGGUGUGAAAAAGAAGCGUGGAAGAAAGAGUAAAAAGGAGAAGGAGGACAUGGACAAGAUGUUAGAGAGCAAAUUCUUGGAGAAGAGAGAUGCUCAAAACGAAAACCAUGGUGAAAAUGGUGUAGUGGGAGUUUCUUCUUCUGUUUCAGAAGGUGUGAAAAAGAAGCGUGGAAGAAAGAGUAAAAAGGAGAAGGAGGACAUGGAAAAGAUGUCAGAGAGCAAUUUCUUGGAGAAGAGAGAUGCUCAAAACGAAAACCUUGGUGAAAAUGGUGAAGUGGGAGGUUCUUUUUCUGUUUCAGAAGGUGUGAAAAAGAAGCGUGGAAGAAAGAGUAAAAAGGAGAAGGAGGACAUGGAAAGGAAGAUGUUAGAGGAGAAAGAUGCUCAAAACGAAAACCAUGGUGAAAAUGGUGAAGUGGGAGGUUCUUCUUCUGUUUCAGAAGGCGUGAAAAAAAAGCGUGGAAGAAAGAGUAAAAAGGAGAAGGAGGACAUGGAAAGGAAGAUGUUAGAGGAGAAAGAUGCUCAAAACGAAAACCAUGGUAAACAUGUUGAAGUGGGAGGUUCUUCUUCUCUUUCUGAAGGUGUGAAAAAUAAGCGUGGAAGAAAGAGUAAAAAGGAGAAACAGGACAUGGAAAAUAAGAUGAUAGAGGAGAAGGAUGCUCAAUACCAAAACCUUGGUGAAAGUGGCGGCGUAGGAGGUUCUUCUUCCGUUCAAGAAGUUGCGGCAAAGAAGCAUGGCAGAAAAAGUAAGAAGGAGAAGGAGGACAUGAAAAGGAAGGAGAUGCUAGAGGACAAUUUGUUGGAGGAGAAAGAUGUUCAAGACAAAAACCAUGGUGAAAAUGGUGGGGUACCUGAUACGAGGCAUGGAAGAAAAAGAAAGACGCUUAAGGAAGAUGAUGGUGAGUUGCCUGCGGAUUCUCCAGGAAGUGGCAUUCAGAAACACUAUAGUCUCAGGGCCCCUAAAGUCAAUACAGAAGCCGUGAUGCCAAACAUCAGCAAGAAAGAUCCUAAGUGCCUUAAAGAGGAGUCCUUAAUGUGUCAUCAAUGCCAGAGAAAUGAUAAAGGCAGGGUUGUGAGAUGCACAAGUUGUAAGAGGAAAAGAUUUUGUGUACACUGUAUAGAAAAUUGGUAUCCUCAUUUGAAAGAGGAUUAUAUUGCUGAGGCAUGUCCUGUGUGCCGUGGUAAUUGCAACUGCAAAGCAUGCUUGAGAUCCAAUGAACUUAUUAAAAAAAUGAAGAAAAAAGCAAAAACCAAUGAAGACGAGAAGGUUGAACUCUCUAUGCAUUUGCUGCAAGUACUUCUUCCCUAUUUAAGGCUGCUGGAUGAAGAACAGAUGAUUGAGUAUAAGACAGAAGCAAAGAUACAGGGGCUCUCAGUCUCAGAGCUAAAUAUAGUACAGGCAAAUUUUGAUGAAGAUGAGCGUGUGUACUGUGACAACUGUAAAACGUCAAUAUUUGAUUACCACAGAAGCUGUACAAAAUGCUCUUUCGACCUUUGUCUCAUCUGUUGUCGUGAACUUCGUAGUGGGGAGCUUGUAGGUGGUGCAGAUCCAAUUUUGGUAGAGUUUGUCUGUCAGGGUCGUCAUUACCUGCAUGAUGAAAAAGAAAGUAAAAGUGUAAAACGAAAUGAACCAAAUGCUGUUGCUCCUGUAGUUCGUGAAUGGUCAAGAUCUGGGUGGCAUGCAGAAAGUAAUGGUAGCAUUCCUUGUCCAAAAGUCAAUGAUGAAUGUAACCAUGGUUUUCUUGAACUGAGAAGCAUAUUAGGUCAACAUUUUAUCACCAAUUUAGUGCAUAAAGCAAACAAACUGGCACAAGCAUACAAGCUUCAAGAUGUAGUUAAGAUACCUGACAACUUCUGUUCGUGUUUGAGGCUUGAUAGAAACACAGAUGCUAGAUAUAAUAAUAUGAGGAAGGCUGCUUCUCGGGCAGAUUCCGGUGACAACUAUUUAUACUGUCCAAGGGUUGUAGAUCUACAGGAUGAGGAUUUAAGGCACUUUCAGUGGCAUUGGGAAAAGGGGGAGCCUGUCAUUGUCAGCAAUGUGCUUGCAAAAACAUCUGGUUUAAGCUGGGAACCACUUGUCAUGUGGCGUGCAUUCCGUCAGAUGACUAAGACCAAGCAUGAACAACAUUUGGAUGUGAAGGCAAUUGAUUGCUUAGAUUGGUGUGAGGGAGAAAUUAAUAUCCACCAAUUCUUUACUGGGUAUACAGAAGGUCGUGAGGAUUGGCUUCGCUGGCCUCAAAUAUUGAAAUUAAAAGAUUGGCCUCCUUCUAAUUUAUUUGAGGAACGUUUGCCUCGACAUUGUGCAGAGUUCAUAUCUUCCUUGCCCUUCAAGGAGUAUACUGAUCCUCUCAAAGGUUCUCUUAACUUAGCUGUGAAGUUGCCUAUGGGUUGUCUAAAACCAGACAUGGGACCAAAGACAUAUAUUGCUUAUGGAUUUCAUCAGGAGCUCGGGCGUGGUGAUUCAGUGACUAAGCUCCAUUGUGAUAUGUCCGAUGCAGUAAAUGUGUUGACUCAUAUUGCUGAAGUGAAAUUGAAACCAGACCAUCUUAUUGUCAUUGAGGAGUUGAAACAAAAGCACUUUGAACAAGACAAAAGGGAACUACUUGGUGAUGAUCAGAAUAGAGAAACUAGUGUUGACAUGCUUAAUAAUACAUCUUCUACUAAUGCUUUGGAUAAGCAAAACAGUGUCCAAAUCAUGGAACACAAAGGUGGAUUAUGUGAUGGAAAAGAAGUGUAUCAGUUCCAUCAACCCUCUGGUGGUAAUGCGGUUGCCAUUGCUAAUGAGGAUGGUCUUUCAUGCGGAUCAAAGCUUAAAGAGGUUGACAAAGUAAAACUAAAGCAAGAAAGUGAUAUGUUGUCUGCGGGGGAUGGUUCAGAAGGUGCUCUCUGGGAUAUUUUUCGGAGGCAGGAUGUACCUAAAUUGCAGGAAUAUCUGAGGAAGCAUUUCAGAGAGUUCAGGCAUAUUCAUUGCUGUCCUUUAAAGCAGGUUAUUCACCCCAUCCAUGACCAGACCUUCUAUCUGACUGUGGAGCAUAAGAGGAAGCUUAAGGAGGAGUAUGGAAUUGAGCCCUGGACUUUUAUUCAGAAGGUAGGGGAUGCUGUUUUUGUUCCAGCUGGUUGUCCUCACCAAGUCAGAAAUCUGAAGUCAUGUAUUAAGGUUGCAUUGGAUUUUGUCUCUCCGGAAAAUGUUGGGGAGUGCUUUCGUUUGACAGAGGAAUUUCGCACACUUCCAAUUAGCCAUGCGUCUAGUGAGGACAAAUUGGAGGUGAAGAAGAUGACAAUAUAUGCUAUGCAAGAUGUGAUCGGAAAAUUGGAGGAAGCAAGGUCCGGGAAAACCAAGGUUCCAGAGUAAAUAUUAUCUGUAACAGAUCAUAGCCAAUUGGAAUUGUAAAUUUUUUGGAGCAAUUAGCUUAUUUCAGGUGUGAUGAUGUUGGGUUCCAUGUAUUGUGACUGUAAGAAUGGUUCCAUAUUUUGUUUUGCAACCACACCUGGAAGGUUGUACAUGUAAUUGUCACCGCCUAUAUACCUAGUGUAUUUUUGAGUUUUUGAAUGCAUAGAUGAUGAUAAUCUAAGUUGCCCCUGUUGCAUUUUGUAGCAGAAUUUCUGGAGUAUUAAUUUGAUAUCAUGCCCUUUGUUUUUGCCUCGCAA